AUGGAUGUAUGCAAAGAUGUCGACAAUUACAUGCAGUACAUUCAACAGCAUAGGCGUGUUCUGCAAGACGCUAAAAAGAGACAUGGUCAGCGUCCGCACGAUCGCAAAGACAGACACGUAAUGUUGCUCGAGUUCAUGAUGGUGUCAAUGAGUACCACACAAAGGACUGGAAAGAAGGACACACAAAACAUACACUCAUCGUUCGUUCCACCAGCAUAUCCACCUUGCACUACUGGACUCAAAAAUCUCAAUCCUAUCAAGAUCGAAGAUUUGAGGCUUGAGACACAUCACCGUGGCAGAUUCCUUCUUCUGCGAGUAGUCACACCGCCAAAUCGUAUGACAGGGAUCCUCGUUCUGGUGGAGGAUGAAUACGGAGAUGUUGUGAUACUGCAACUUUACCAACAAGAAGAUGAAUCCAGCCGCCCAGCUACCAGCGUUGUCGACAAAGGCAUCGUCCUCAUAGUAAAGGAACCUUUCUUCAAAGUCACAGCAUCUGGAGACUACAGUCUGCGAGUGGAUCAUCUUUCGGAUAUCGUGUUCUUGAACCGCGACGAUACUAGGAUUCCACAGUCGUGGCGGCCGCGGUUAUUAGAAAUCGGAAGAUGCGCAAAUACAUUGAAGCUUGAAGGCAAUGCCCAUGUGGGAAAGGGAGAGUACUGGCAGGCGAUCGAGAAGUACUCAAAUGCCUUAGUGCACUCAUCUGCGCCGAGCGAAAUGAACGUAAUCAAGCGAAAUAGAGCGCUGGCAUAUCUCAAAACCAAACAAUACGACGCCGCAUUGUCCGACACAGGCUUCCCUGAGUUCGGUGAAGAAGCCUCAGAGAAGGCAUUGUUUCGUGCAGCGGAGGCUCUAUAUUAUCUCAGACAGUAUGGAGACUGUUACGAAGUGCUUGAACAGCUAUGCAAACUCUUCCCGUCCAAUCAUGAAGCAAUUGCUGCCCUGACGCGUGCCAGACGUCGCUGCGACGAAGGUAGUACCGGGCAAUUCGACUUCAAGCUCCUCCACGCCGAAGCAAAGAGGUACAGCCCACCCCAUCUAGAUCACGCUACGUACAUCGGACCAGUUGAGGUUCGGGAAGUGAGUGGGAAAGGUCGUGGCUUAUUUACAACCAAGCCCAUGGAAGCCGGGGAUCUAUUGCUGUGUGAGAAAGCUUUCAGUCAUGCUCACGUUGAUGAUGGGGAGAAAGGUAAUGCAAAUAUCACUCUCUUGGUGAAUGUAGAGACGAAUAGAGCUUUCAUGGGAGGCCAAGCGGAUCUCAUCCAAUCAAUAACGCAAAAGCUCUACAAGAACCCAUCAAUGGCUCUCGAUUUCACUAAUCUGCAUCAUGGCGAUUACAAGGCGGUCGAUGUUCAAUCCGUUGAUGAACAACCUGUAACCGACACAUUUCUUGUCGAACGAACAAUGUCUCUCAACGUGUUCGGCUGCCCGGUCACGACACUGAAAAGCCACACAGAGGUGACUUCCAACAACUUCUCGAAAGAGAAUGCCAACUUCCAUUCAUGUGGCAUCUGGAUUAAGGCCUCGUACAUCAACCACAGUUGUCUCGGCAAUGUCCGUCGCUCUUUCAUCGGGGAUAUGAUGAUAGUGCGCGCGGCCAAGGACCUAGAUGUUGGCACAGAACUGAUGUUCCCGUAUGAAGCACCAGAGGGUAUCUAUACUUCAAAGACCGAGCGAAAGUUCAAGAACUGGGGCUUCGUGUGCACGUGCGCGCUCUGCGAAGACAUCAAAGCCACUAAGUCUUCGGAAAUCACAAAGAGGAAGAAUCUUUUGGCUCAGUUGGAUCAUCUCUGCAAGUCUGGAGUGAUACCUUGGGAUAUGUCAAUGAAGUUUGAGCGCUUACUCAAGGCGCUGAACGAGACCUACGCUCGCCCAGCGGAAGAAGUUCCUCGACUCUCGCUAUGGGACCCACAGUUGCUGUUGACACGGAUCUACAUGGGAAAGCUUGAUCUUACGAAGGGAUUGGAAUCAGCUAGAAAGACUUUACAGACUCUGAGUUUCGUCGUGACUGGGCUCGACCGUACCUCAGAAGCUCUAGUCGUCUUGAAAUGGGGUCACACAGUGGACCAUCUGGUGGAAGUCUUCUUACACGCACGCUCGGCGUUGGAACAAUUAGGGCUGUCAGAGAAGUCGAAGCAGGCGAAACAUUAUGCAAGAGUUGCGUACCGAAUACUGGUUGGGGAGGAUGCAUCUUUUGGCGACACAUACCUGUCGUUUCGGAACCUUAAAUGA